AUGUUUGAUUGUGGGGUUGCAGAGGAUAUACUUCAAACUCCUUUGGUUGAGGAUGUCGUGGAAGAUAAAUGGAUUUGGAAAGAGGAGAAAGAUGGUUGCUAUAGUGUGCGUUCGGGGUAUAGAUUGUGGAUAAAGAUGCAUGGUAUUCCGGAUUUCAAUCGCGUGGAAGGGGAUUGGUGUAGUCUAUGGAAUAUUAAGGCCUCUCAGAGAGUUAAGCAUCUUAUUUGGAGGAUUUGUUUGUCCAAUAUUAUUGAUUCCCGUAUUAUUAAUUAUCAUGAUGAUGUUGCUUCUUUUCUUCUAGAUAUCUGUAGUAGAGAGGAUAGUAUGCUGGCAGGGAGAGUUGCGGUUAUGGUUGAUAUUUUGUGGAGAACUUGGAAAGAGUGGUUUUUGACUCAGGAUAAUGGAAAUCGGGAACAAGUGCCUCAACAUCCGCUGACUUGGAUCCCUCUGUUGGAAGGCAGAUUAAAAUGCAAUGUUAACGCAGGAUUUAAUAUUAACCGGGGUACUACUAAUAGGGGUUGGGGUAUUUGA